AACUGCACAGCUGCAGCUCUGUCCCCAUGUUACCCUACAGGGAAAGCCAGGCAUCUUGGCAUCCCACAGUGAGUUGCAUUGCUCGAUGCAGAGACCCAGAUCCAAACACCCUGAAAGCCUGGAGCUGUUUGGACACACCAGCUGAGGGUCCAAGACCAUAUCUAAGCACUGAUGGCCAGAAGUUUUACCUCUUCCCUCUGAAUCAUCCAGGUUUGUGCAAGCUGGUGGCCUCUUCUACCCAACAUUAUUUCCCAAACAGAAUCCAGCUAACUAGGAGAGGCACAGAGAGUGCCUACAAUUUCUUGGAGUGAAGAAACAGCAUGUUACUGGAGUGUCCCAAGCCUUUGCUUCCUCAAUCUCUGCAGGUCUGGCACAUGGAGAGCCCAGAGGCACUGAAGUAUCCCACUCAAGCAGCCAAGUGUUAACAACCUCUCCAAAGUCUAAUUUGCCUUUGAUAUAGACUUAAUUGUUUGCGUCACCCACUGGGCUGGGGGAGGGCUAUAAAAGGGGCUGCAGCCAUUGUCUGAGGCAGAAGAGAGCCCAGGAGCAGCUCCCUCUCCCAGUCUUCCUCGUUCAGCACCAGUCCCAGCCUGUGCAUCAUGCAGCUGGUGGCCAGCCUGGUGUCCAUGCUGCUGCUGGUGUGGAGCGUGAGAGCCACGGCACUGCCUGGGGAAGAGAGACUGGCCAUCCAGAGCACCAGGGAACAGAGCACAGUGCGGAAGGACGCCAUCCUGAAGAUGCUGGCAGGCCUGCUGGACGGCGUGGAUAUGGGGCAUGAGGCGGCCGCCCCAGACCUGGAGGAGGAGGGCAAGCUGGAGGAGGAGCGGGCGGUGCUGGGCCGGCUCAUUCCCUCUAUUGUUCAAGCUUUAGUCAUGACUUCUGGCGAAGCUUUGGCACUGUGGAUUUCAUAA